UGUUUACAUUCAAAAACAAAACAACGUAAUGUGAAUGACUGAGUAUGGAGAUAUCAGAUUGUAGUGAAACAAAGAAGCGUAAAUUAUCUUCUACUGAUGAUAAUAUUGAACAGAGCAUUGGGGAUCUGUCUCAGACAACUUUAGUUACUGAAGAAAGAAGUAUCGAAGAAGGCUCUCAACCUGGACCUUCACAAGACACUAAAGAUGACGACAACGUAUCUGUAAUCAGUGGACUCUCCGAUAUGUCGGGGAAAGGAUGGAAGCCCGACAUGUCGGGUAAAGUUGGUUGGCUGCACCGAGCAAUGUCCCGAGGAACAGAUCCUAGAGAAAUUGUUUCGAAUCUCUUUAAGGAGUCUGGUAUGCUGAACACUAUGGAUGACCUGACUAUAUGGAAGAUUUUGUUCAAUAUGUUUUCUCAGCCUCCCAGACGUGAGAAACUCAAAGAUUUUAAUACAUUAGAAGAUGUUGCAAGGUGCAUAAAACAAGCGAAGAAUAUUUUGGUCUUAACGGGAGCAGGCGUAUCUGUGAGUUGUGGAAUUCCAGAUUUCCGGUCAAAGGACGGUGUGUACUCCAGGCUAGCUGUAGACUUUCCUGAUCUUCCGGAUCCUCAGGCAAUGUUUGACAUUCAGUACUUCAGAAAGGACCCAAGACCGUUCUUUAAGUUUGCUAAAGAAAUAUAUCCAGGUCAGUUUAGUCCCUCUCCCUGUCACAGGUUCAUAUACUGCUUAGAGAAGGCUGGGAAAUUACUGAGAAACUAUACUCAGAACAUAGAUACAUUAGAACAGGUUGCUGGUAUAUCUAAGAUAGUUCAGUGUCAUGGAUCCUUUGCUACUGCAUCUUGUACUAUCUGUAAGGUCAAAGUAUCUGCUGAGCUGGUCAGAGAAGAUAUAAUGAAACAGAAGAUUCCACUCUGUCCGAAAUGUCCUACUCCAGAUCUACAGGAUAUUCUGUCAAGCUUGUCUAAAGCCAAAGAGGAAACAACUGAACCUGAUCCGUCCUCCCUGUCCCCCACCUCCUCACCCUCCUCCUCAGCUCUACCCAAUAACAACACCGUCCCCCCUCAACUCAAACCUGGAGAGCUUAACGCUAAACCUGGUGCUGCUGACCCUGGGAUAGUUAUUGACGAUGUUCGCAUGCCCAGCCUUGAUCCUGUUUCUCCCUUCACUAGUGUACCCAUUAUGAAACCUGAUAUCGUCUUCUUCGGAGAGGGUCUCUCUGACGAGUUUCACACUGCUAUAUCCAAGGACAAGGAAAAGGCCGAUCUUCUUAUCGUCAUAGGAUCAAGUCUCAAGGUGCGCCCUGUUGCCUUAAUACCUUCAUCUAUACCUGAAACUGUGCCUCAGAUACUUAUCAACAGAGAGAGAUUAUCACAUUUAACCUUUGAUGUCGAACUUCUUGGAGAUUGUGAUACAAUCAUCAACCAGCUCUGCCACAUGUUGGAAGGAGACUGGUCUCAUCCCAUCCAUCAGCCUCCUCUUAAACAAAUUCAAAACUUUGACCUUAGUGGCUCUAUGGAGGAUUCAGAUAACCAGGAGGACUCUAAGUCUAGCACGGAGCUGGAUGUCUCAGCGACAGAGACAACCGAAGACCUGGAAACGAAUGAAAAGACUGAGUCUGCAGUUUUGAGAGAAGGACCUGGAGAUGGAGAUAAAAUGGAACCCGGAAAUUGUCUGGAAACUAUAACUGAAAAAAGUGUAAACGUAGCUGAGAGUAGCGCGACAGGAACUGAUCAAAGCGUAACUGGAACUGAUAGACGCGGAACUAUGACUGAGAAAAGCACAAUUGGAAUGGAGAAACAUGUAGCUAGAGUCGAGAAUGAAGAUGAUGAUGAUGAGAAUAGUCUGGAUCGUACAAGAGAAAGUGAGGAGUGGAAACCGAAACCAAGUCUCUCAGAGUCUCUUCCUGAGGGACGAUUUCUCUUCAUCCCUCCUAACAGGUAUGUGUUCAGUGGGGCAGAGGUUCAACCCGAAGAUUUAUCAGAUAACGAGGAGUAUGACGAGGAUGAUGAUGAUGAAGAAGAUCUCGAGGAAGAAGGUGAAUGUGAGGAAAAGGAAGAUGAGAAUGAAGAAGAUGAUUCUAAGAGCGAGCCAGAUGAUGAGCAUGACAAAGAAAAUAAGCAGACUGUUGAAGCUGAAACGAAUUUGGUUGAAAACGAAACUGGGAAUCAUUAAAAGAAGAAAAUAUGCUAAGAUUCUGGACUGUUCUGAACUAAAUUAAGCUUUAGUAGUGUGGCAGGGGUUAAGCCGAAGCUCAUUUAUAACAGAGAUCUUUGAUUAUUUUAGUUUCUGACUUAUUCGAAUGAACUAUGCAAACUAUAAACUUAAGUAUACAAAAAUAUUUAGUACAAACACUAAAGAGAAAAUUAUAGUAUAUUUAAUUAUAUUAAAGUUUGAAACUUAA